AUGGCGGUGCAGCCGAAACAAAACCUGUCAAUGGACAGUGCGUCCGAAAACGGCUUCCUUAACUUUUUCUUCUCCAUGCCGGAGAAGCCGGACACAACUUUCCGAAUAUUCGACCGCAGCGACUACUACACGGUGCACGGGAAGGACGCUGCAUUCGCCGCGAAAGAGGUUUUCAAGACGAACGGAGUCAUCAAGCACUUGGGCUCCGGAAGUCGCAAAUUGGAAAGUGUGGUGCUGAGCAAGCUCAACUUUGAAGUUUUUGUGAAGGACCUACUCCUGUUUAGGCAGUACCGCGUUGAGGUGUAUCGGAACCACAGCAAGAGUAGUAAGGAGCAUGACUGGAAGGUUGAGUACAAGGCCUCUCCGGGAAACCUCACCCAAUUUGAAGACAUCCUAUUCGGCAGCGGAAACAGCGCAGAAGGCUGCGCCGGCGUGGUGGCUGUGCGAGUCGCCGCCGGCGUUGUCGGUGUGGGCUACGUGGACGCGGCCCAACGCACCAUGGGUGUAUGCGAGUUCCCCGACAACGAAGUCUUUUCCAACCUGGAGUCGUUGCUGGUUCAGGUCGGGCCCAAGGAGUGUCUCCUCGCGCAAGGGGAGAGUGGCGUCAACGGCAACAAGCUACGAGAGGUGGUGCAGCGCGGCUCCGUGCUGGUCUCGGAUAGAAAGCGGGCUGAGUUUAGUACCAAGGAUGUGGUUCAGGACCUUAACAGGCUGCUAAGAGCCAAACGAGGGGAGUCUGUGGCCAGCAAUACUCUGCCUGAGAUUGACAAACAGGUGGCCAUGUCAUGCUUGGCCGCAGUGGUGCGCUACCUGGAGCUGCUCUCCGACGAGUCCAACUUCAACUCCUUCAGUCUGACCUCUUUGGAGCUGGGUCAGUACAUGAGGUUGGACAACGCCGCGGUCAAAGCGCUUAACCUCUUCCAGGGUGCACCUGAUGACACCAGUGGAUCCCAUUCGCUGGCCGGCCUGCUAAACAAGUGUCGCACACCUCAGGGGCAACGACUGGUCAACCAGUGGAUCAAGCAACCGCUCCUGGACAAAGCCAAAAUAGAGGAGAGGCUGGACUUAGUGGAGAGUAUGGUUUGUGACUCGGAACUGCGCCAGACGUGCCAGGAGGACCUUCUACGGCGUUUCCCAGACCUUCAGCGUCUGGCCAAAAAGUUCCACCGCCACAGCGCCACUUUGCAGGACUGCUACCGCGUUCACCAGGCUGUUGGCCACAUCCCCUCGCUUGUCUUGGCACUGGAAAGAUAUUCAGGCAACCAUCAAGUCCUGCUUGAGGCCGUUUUCGUGUCCCCCCUCAGAGACCUGCAGGGUGACUUCAGCAAGUAUCAAGAGAUGAUCGAGACCACCUUGGACAUGAACCAGAUUGAACAUCACGAGUUCCUGGUGAAAGCCUCUUUUGACCCUGUGUUGAGUGAGCUGCGAGAGAAGAUGGAUGCCUUGGAGAAGAGCAUGCAGGCUGUGCUGAACGCUGCUGCCAGAGAGCUAGGUUUGGAUGCUGGCAAGACGGUGAAGCUGGAGUCGAGCAGCGUGUUGGGCUACUACUUGCGUGUGACCUGCAAGGAAGAGAAGAGUUUGAGGAACAACAAGAAGUUCACCACGCUGGAUGUGCAGAAAAAUGGUGUGCGCUUCACCAACAGCAAAUUGAGCGCACUCAACGAGGACUACACGCGCAGCAGAGAGGAGUAUGAGGAGGCGCAGAAUGCUGUUGUUAAGGAGAUCAUCAACAUCGCCUCAGGCUAUGUGGACCCUCUACAGACGCUAGGUGACGUGGUAGCACUGCUGGAUGCCGUGAUCAGCUUCGCCACGGCGUCUGUUUCAGCGCCCGUGCCUUACGUGCGCCCCCGCCUGCUGCCUGAUGACGGCCCUCGCCGCCUGGAGCUGCGGCAGGCGCGUCACCCCUGCAUGGAGACAGACGCUGACACGUGCUUCAUCCCUAAUGACGUUACGUUCGUGCAGGGGGAGAAGAGCUUCUUCAUCGUCACAGGUCCAAAUAUGGGCGGAAAGUCAACAUUCAUACGCCAGGUGGGCGUGAUUACAUUGAUGGCUCAAAUCGGCUGCUUCGUGCCAUGUGAGGAGGCGGAGCUAAGUAUCACUGACAGCAUCCUGGCCCGUGUGGGGGCGGGAGAUAGCCAGGUGAAGGGAGUGUCCACCUUCAUGUCUGAGAUGCUGGAGACUGCUGCCAUCUUGCGCUCAGCCACGGAGAAAUCGCUGGUCAUCGUGGACGAGCUGGGCCGCGGCACAUCCACUUAUGACGGCUUCGGUCUUGCCUGGGCCAUCGCCGAGCACGUGGCGGCCCAGAUAGGCUGCUUCUGUCUGUUCGCCACCCACUUCCACGAGCUGACGGCGCUGGAGGCGCAGCAGCCUACUGUGCGGAACUUGCACGUUACAGCGCUCACAUCUCACAACACGCUCACCAUGCUCUAUAGAGUCAAGCCAGGUGUGUGCGACCAAAGUUUUGGAAUCCAUGUGGCGGAGUUGGCUAAUUUCCCGCAGUCUGUAGUCGCUAUGGCGAAGGAGAAGGCCGAGGAAUUGGAGGAGUUUCAGGAACCGUCCGCAGAGGGCGACGAGCCCGAAGCCAAGAGACGACGAAGCGACAAACAAGUCGGUGAAAGCUUAAUCCAGGAAUUUUUGGAGGAAGUCAAGUCUCUUCCGAUCGCCACCAUGACGGAAGACGAGGUGAGGGUGGCGUUGAAGCGCAUGAAGGAGGCGUUGCGUGCUAAAAACAACGCGUACGUGGCCGAGCUGCUUGUUCGCUCGCUUCCUGUGGUCAAGUCGUGA